AUGGAGGACGCGACGGAGGUGCGUACGGAUGGGAACUCUCUACUCAAGGCCGUGUUCCUGAGUCGACUGCGUCUGACACGCCUGCUGCUGGAGGGAGGGGCUUACAUCAACGAGAGCAACGAGCGCGGUGAGACGCCCCUCAUGGUGGCGUGCCGGACACGCCACACGGACGCACAGAGCGUGCCCAAACACAAGAUGGUUCGGUACUUGCUGGAGAGUGGUGCUGACCCAAACAUCCAGGAUAAGGCCGGUAAGACGGCCCUGAUGCAUGCGUGUCUGGAGCAGGCCGGAGUGGACGUCCUCUCUCUGCUGCUGGGGAGUGGAGCCGACCCCAGUCUGAAUGACCACUCUGGCUCCUCAGCUUUGGUCUAUGCUGUCAAUGCAGGGGACAAGGAGGCCCUGAGAGUCCUACUGGAUGCCUGCAAGGCCAAGGGCAAGGAGGUCAUCAUCAUCACCACGAACAAGCUACCUUCGGGAUGCCAGAUGACCAAGCAGUACUUGAACGUGCCUCUACCGCCCGACCUGGAAGAGCGCAUGCACUGCACCCCUGGCUCGGCCACCUGCUGCAUGUCCCCCUCAGACAUACAGCUCCGCACCCCUCCACAGGGCUCCCCCGGUGGUGGAAGGGGAACCACCAUCUCUGGUUCUACUGGUUCUGGUUCUUCUCAGCCGGGCUCCCCAACCAGGGACCCUAGCCUGUUACGAGGCCCCAGUCCUGGGGUGGUGAAGCUGCUCCAUGUCCAGCGGCUCCAAUCGGAGCCCUGGCUGAAGAUCCCUCCAUCCCUGCUGCUGCAGCAGAGCAAGACCUCUAGCCUGACCGAGGAGCUGCUGGACAUCACCCCAGAGGAGGAGCUCUCCUUCUGGGUCAACAGCUUGGCCUUCUCUGGGUCCGGAAGGGCAGGGCCUGGGGUACAUCCGACCCUCGCCCGUCACCAGAGCAUCGACGCCAAAGAUGCCACGGGGCUGCUAAGGGCCCUGGAGCAGGUGGUUGGGAGCGAGGGAGGUGGUGGAGGACGAAGGAGAGGCCUGAGUAGGAAGAUGUCUUACGACAGUGCUGCAGCUUCUUCCCACCCCAACCUCUUGCACCGGGGGGACGGAGGAGGCUGCCCCAACUGUCCCUGUGGCGGCCAUGAACCAGCCCUCCCAGUGGACAAAACCUCCCUAGACUGCUGCCUCCCUAACCUGGCCGUGUCCAGCCUAAGGAAUGUAGUCCGCCGCCGAAACAUCGGCAUGGACCACUAUAGCUCUGACUCCCAGCUGCCCCAGUUCGGCCACAGCAGCCACCCAGAGUGUAAUGAAUCCUACAGAGGCAUAGGGGGUGGUGUAGGGGGAACUGAGAAGCGUAAGCUGGUCACCAGCCGGUCAUCCACCCUGUCAGGCUCCAGGGAGUCCCUGGAGAGCACUGCCCAGAGAAGGGGACCCGCAAACCUGGAGAGAAGAGGCUCGGGGGCCCUGCUCCUGGAUCACAUCUCCCACACCCGGCCGGGAUACCUUCCUCCUAUUAACCCCCACGCACCCAUACCCGACAUCGGGGUCAGCCCCACCUCAACCUGCCCCAGCCUGAGUGGGAGCACCAAAGUACUGAAUCUGAAUGGGGGUGUUGUAGCAGGGCCGGGGUCAAAGCCUCUCGUCCCCUGUGCACCUUCCUUCCACAGGGAUCUGAAGUUUAAGACAUUGCUGAGAAGACACUCCAUGCAGACUGAGCAGAUUAAACAGCUUGUCAACUUCGAGGAGCUCUUCAGCCACUAA